UGUAAAAUGCGAAGAAGACGAGCCAUAUUUUUUUUCGAUCAUCGUCUGCGGCUGCACAGCAAGGUGGCCUGGUGUAUUCUUACUCUUUGUACGGUUCUGCUUUGCGUAAUCAAAAUAUAGUGUUUCCCUUUUCCUCCCAUAAUAUUUUGUGCAUUUCCAUCUGAACAGCUACAUCAACGUGCUGGCAGAGAGUUCUUCGGCAUCAUCAUGGCAGAGGCAGACCGACCAGGAAAGCUUUUCAUCGGAGGGUUGAACACGGAGACCACCGAGAAGGCCUUGGAGCAGUACUUCAGCAAAUAUGGCAGAAUUGUUGAAGUUAUUUUGAUGAAGGAUCGUGAAACAAACAAAUCCAGAGGAUUUGCAUUUGUUACUUUUGAAAGUCCUGCUGAUGCCAAGGAUGCUGCUCGCGAGAUGAACGGAAAGUCUCUUGAUGGCAAGCCAAUCAAAGUGGAGCAAGCUACAAAGCCUCAGUUUGAGAGCGCUGGUAGACGUGGACCCCCAUCCAAUUACUCCCGCAGUCGGGGUCCACCAAGAGGUCCCCGUGGUUCCAGGGGAGGUCCUAGCGGCAUGAGGGGUCCCCCCAGGGACUACUAUGACAGUCCAGGAAGUGGGGAUCCCUUCUUCAAAGGGAUGUCAUCAAGAGGUCCCCCUCCACUGAAACGAGGCCCUCCACUUCGUAAUGGCGGUCCCCCACCCAAAAGACCUGCACCAUCCGGCCCCAUGGGCAGGCGUGAGUCCCCCAUGUCAAGGGACAGAGAUCCUUAUGGUCCUCCACCCCGAAGAGACUCCAUGUCCAGGAGGGACGAUUAUCCGUCACCGAGGGAUGACCACUACAAAGACAGCUAUUCCAGUCGGGAUUAUAAUUCAAGAGACUCGAGGGACUACGGACCUCCUCCUAGAGACUAUUCCUACAGGGAUUACUCCAGUUCCCGGGAUGAUUACGGGUCAAUGUCCAGAGGAUACAGUGACCGUGAUGGUUAUGGAGGUGGGCGAGACCCAAGAGGCUACAUGGAUCGUCCCAGCGGUGGUUCCUACAGAGAUUCAUACGAUGGUUACGGUAACUCUCGCAGUGCCCCACCUUCAAGGGGCCCCCCACCAUCCUAUGGUGGAAGCAGUGGAAGCAGUCGUUACGAUGACUAUGGCGGCAGCUCUCGGGACGGCUAUGGAAGUCGAGACAGUUAUCCCAGCAGUCGGAGUGACCAGUAUCCCCCUAACCGUGGCGAGCGGAUGGGGAGGCAGGAAAGGGGCCCAGCCCCCCCUGGGGAUAGAGGCUACCCCCCUCGUGACUCGUAUGGCAGUUCAAGCCGUGGAGGGCCGCGUGGAGGCCGUGGUGGCAGUCGAGUUGACAGAGGAUUAGCUCGCAGCAGAUACUGAACCGGACUUGGAAAUAACAAACAGGCAAACGUUGGUCUUCAUUUUCACAAAGCAGCCAUGUUAGCAAAUGUGGAAUAAGGGGCAAAGUUUGACUUGUAUAAUCAGUUUUAUUUUUUUUAUGUGGUUUUUUUUCCCCUUAGUGGUUAAAUGUUGAUGUCACAGCACAAUUUCCAAAUGUUAGUUUUUUUUGUACAUUCUUGGCUGUUGGAAUCUGCAAUGCCCCUUCAUGUGGCUUUCCUAAUAAAGCUUUUAGUUGUAUCUUGGCAUCAGCUCAUGGAUUUUUCAACACAAGACCAACCUCAAAAUGCAACGGACAAAUGUAAAGUGACUACACAACCUUGAUCGAAAAUUUCCAAAAUGCAAAGGUGGGUCUGUCCCUGCUAGACUGGAAGUAACCUGACUUCAUUAUUGAACACAUGUGGUUCCGUCUGGACAAUGCUGUCUGCAAGAUGAGGAAAAAUGUUACUGUCGACAUGUUCUAAUGUAGUUUCCAUGGAAAUGGAUCCAUCAUCCUAGAGCCACUUGAUGGCAUGCAGCGACAAAACCAAAGGCAACCAAAUGCAACUCGACUGCUAGUCAACAGCUGGUAAGCAAAGCAAACCUUUGUUUCUCGUCUGUAAUUGAGUUUCUCGUUAUCGUGUAAUGCAAGCUCCACUCAGAAGGUGACAUUCAAGACAUCUUGUGCAUCGUGGAACAAAGAAAAAGGUCAACUGAAUUUAACCUUUUUUUUUAGUCAAUUGUCAUCAAUUAAAUUUUAUUUUCUGCAGUAACCAGAACCCUUCUUCUAUCAAUCAGCUUUAUAAACCUUUUUUUUGUUUUUUGUUUUCAAUUAGGCCUUCAAAAUGAAAAAUUUUACAAGAAAAAAAAAUAAAGUAGAAUCUUUACAUUAUUAGUAAUUGUAUCUUGGAUUUUUUUUUUUUUGGAUAAAUAUUUAAAACCAAAAAUGCAUUGAGGCCCACUGCUCAGAAUCAACCCUUCCAACUAGCAUGCCAAUUCAAAAACUGGAAACCUCUGGAUCAACGACCUCAACCUAACAGCCCGCCUGGAACAAACAAUCCCCCCAAGUUUGCAGUUGGAUUAAGGAUUACCGUACACUUAAUUAUUCUAAUACAGCACAUUUCUAAUAUCUUUUUUUCUUGAAGGGCAAUUUGUUGAUGCUGUGUUUCCAUUGCAGGGUGAAUGCUAUUUCAUGGAAACGUCUUAGCAUUCCAUUGGAGUUGUGUUGCCUGGAUGUGUCUGGAUCCAUUUUUACCACCUUGGGAAUGUUAGUGGUGCUGUGACUGUGGAGGCCAGGUCAUCUGGUGCAGCACCCCAUCACUCUCCUUCUUGGUCAAAUAGCCCUUACACAGCUGGAGGUGUGUUUGGGGUCAUUGUCCUGUGGAAAAAAAAAUGAUGGUCAAACUAAACGCAAAGUCCUGGCAGAACCUUCUCUUGAGGUUUGGGCUGGACUGCAUCAAGUGGAAGAACUUGUAGAAAGAGGAGCAAGUUAAAGUUUUGAUGAAGUUUACAGUUGGGCUUAAUAAAGAUUUUGGAGGGAAAAA